AGCAGCGUUGUCCACGGCCUAUGCGCACAAUAGCGCACGGACAGUGCCAGACACCUCACACCAACAUGUCGCGACAAGUGUCUGUGAAACCACGAUUGUGCUGCUGUAUUCAACUUCGUAGGCAAGCAAAGCAGAAUUUUGCGAUCAGUUGACGCUAGAAUAACCAACACAAGCAUAACGUGCACACAGUCACGUCGGACAACACUGCUAUAUAUACUGAGAUUGACAGUGUGCACAUUGUUUUGUUUUUAAAUACUCGUAUCAAUUUAUUUUGCUCGUGGUACGAUAUUAUAGUUACCUAGAUUAUUUGAUUAGUGGCGGUUAUGCUCUCUGCCACACAUUUACGAUUUUUUAUAGGUAGAACUGAUUGUCAUAGUCGGGUUCGGGUGUCACCCCUAACCGGGUGACACCCGGGGCGGACCGCCCCUGCCGCCCUCCCCUAGCUACGCCACUGCUUUUCACACCCGUACCGAAAAUACACGUCUCGCCAACUAGUUCACCGUCGAUCCGCCAAUUUUUAAUAGCUUAAAGUUCUGAUCAAGAUUUGGAGUCCUCAUCCGGUCGCGUGUGUGUGUGUGCAGGAGCAUCAAGAGCAUCAGGAGUGAAAAGUGUACAGUGUGAUGAAAAAUAAAGAAUUAUAUCUACCAUAGCUUCAAGUUUGUAUUAUAAAAAUAUUGAAGUUUCGCCCGCAAAGGGAAAUACCUAAAUAAAUUAAUUGUUACAUUUUUAUACGAAAAUUGAGAAAUUUUUAAUUUAACCAAAACCACCAAGAGAUGCCUAACUAAAGGGAAAGUAAGUAUACCCAGCAAAAUACAUAGUGAAAUUAACUCCAACAAACAAAUGGUCCUUCGAGCCGCUCAGAAAGGCACCUAAGAUAAAACACCACAAACGAAAGAGUUAAAAAAUGCAAAAAAGUUAAGAAAAUUGCGGGCAUAGAUUAACAAAUAGCAUUAAACGGGCGCGUUAUAACACAAAACAAAGGUCAAUAACCUCAACUGUACAAAAUACAUAAACGGGCGCGAUAUAAUACAAAAUAACUAACUAAAGAAACUAAAAACUAAAGUGCGGUAUUAAAGUGAAGUGACAAUAGGUUAUAGAAACAAUACUAAAAAGUGAAAAGAAAACAAAUUACAUAUAUAAAAUACUCAAUAGCACAUAACUAGAGUGCAUUGAAGUGGAAAGAACAACGAAAAUACGUACCUACAUACCAGUGAUCUGCAACAAGUAACUUUUUCAAGCUUCAAGCCUAUCAUAUCAAUCUGUAUACAUACAUAGUUAGAAGAUCUGAAAUGUUGCCCACUCGGAUAAAAAAUGUGCAAACGUCGCAGCUGUCAUCUGACACUAGUUUUUCUCAAACUAUGUUCAGUUGCGAGAGUACAAAUUCAAGCAGAGCGGACGCUGUGGAUGAAAAUAUUGAAGAUGAAGAAGAAAAUGAGUUCUUCGAUGCCAGCAGUGAACCAGAUGACUUUAAGAACUUUGAAAUGGAUUUAAAUAAUGCUCUGGAGGAAGCUAAGUUGGCCAUUUGUUAUUUCUUUAACAAUAAAUUUGAUGAAGCUCGCAUUUUAUUGCAACCAUACGCGCAUGUCAGUAUGUACCAUUCAAUGGGCAAUGCUGUAUUUAUAUUCCUGGAAGCAAUAUUAACAUUUGAACAGCGACACAUUGUCAGAGCUGGAGAUGAGUUGAAAAAGUGUUUAAGUGUUUGCCAAGGUUAUAAGCACAAAAACACUUUUACACAGUCCAUCGGGAGGAAAUUUAAGAGGACAAAUUACACGCAACUCACUGAUUUGGAGGCGCAUGCUGAACUUUGUUAUGCAGAGUCGUUGCUCUUGCGAGCUCUACUUACAUUCAUUGAGGACGAGACUUUAACAAGUUUGAUACGCGGAGGUAUGAAAAUACGUCAUUGUUACAGUAGCUACAAGGAAUGCGCUCAAAUUCUUGUGCAAAAACAGUGGGAAUCAGAUGUGUCCAAAGUACAUUUCGAAAGCGGUGUACGAAUGGGUGUUGGCGCCUUUAAUUUAAUGAUUUCUUUACUGCCCACAGGUGUUAUAAAAGUCUUGCAGUUCAUAGGAUUCUCUGGAAGUAAGACUGCUGGUCUAACUGAUCUCAAAACUGGUUAUCAUUUAUCCGGUCUACGUCAGGUGCUCUGCGCCAUCACUUUGCUUGGCUAUCAUCUGAUAGUUUGUUAUGUGAUAAGUCAUCAAGGAGGGGAUUUAGAACUGUGCCAUGGCAUCCUAGAGGAGCAAUUACUAUUGUAUCCUCAGGGUGUGUGGUUUCUCUUCUUUAAGGGCCGACUAGAAUUCAUGAAAGGUAAUCUGGAUGAAGCGCAGUAUUGGUACAAAAAAUCAUGGAAAUCACAAAACGUCUGGACACAAUUCCAUCAUCUGAGUUUUUGGGAGUUAUUCUGGGUAAACUGCUUGAAGUUAGAUUGGCAUGAGGCGAGAUUGUACGCCAGCUACUUAGUAGAACAAAGUAAAUGGUCUCGUACAAUUUAUUCAUAUCAGCAAGCAGCCGUAAUGCUAAUGAACGAUGACCUUGACGAUAUUGGACGGCAAACCGUUGAGCGUCUAAUGCAAGGUGCACCCAAGCAUAAGCAACGAAUUGCUGGAAAAUCACUUCCAAUGGAAAAAUUUAUUUGUAAGAAAGUGGCACGAUAUUUCGCGCAAAAUCAUUACUUGUGCCUUCCAGCUGUUGAGCUAAUGUUCGUCUGGAACACAUUCAAGGUACUUGGUAGAAAUUAUCGGCUUUCUGACAGUAUUUGCCGCUUAAUUGAACACCAAAUGAAAGAGUUAGCGCACAGAAAUGAUAUUUAUGAACUUGAUAAUCAAGCGUUAUGUUUGUUAUUACGUGGCGCUUGUUAUCGACAAAUGAAACAACCAUUCCUUGCAUUGCAAGAUCUUGAGGCAUGUAUGAACUUGGAAAGUGAGGUAAAAGAGGAUACAUAUUUGAUUGCCUACGCCUGUGUGGAAUCAGGACUGGUGCAUGCGGACGAACAAAACUACGAUUUGGCUAUCUCCAUAAUUGAGGAAGCAAAGAAGAAAUACACUGGAUUUUCCCUUGAAUCACGCCUGCAUUUUCGCAUCCAUGCUGCACUUAUGGAACUAAAGGAAAAGCUUAAUGCUACAACAUAAAGAUAAAAAUAAUAAAUAAACCUGUUAUAUUAGCAUGAAAUCAAGUGAAAUGAAAUAAACAUAGUUAAAAUAUAUAAAGUCGUACUCGCAGAUAUAACACUGUA